GUUCCGGUUACACCCGAGACAGUUUAGUCCGAGAGGUAGAAAUUAUCGUGGGAUGGGGUGAAUAGUACGACAUCUCGUCACUCUAAAGAAUCUUUUCAACAGAGGAUUCCAAAACUUCCUACAGAUGGCGGGAGAAGCUAUUGUCUGUGGUUAAAACCAUGACGGACAGGACACUGCCAGGAUGGAUGUCAAUCGACUGCAACAAUGAAACCAGAGCGAAAAAAGGUCCGCAAGGAUUCUUAAAAAAAAACAUAUUAGAAGACAACCUACCAUUUCUGGAGUUUUCUGGUGCUGUUAUAUACAGCCGUGAGAAGAAUGAUUGCUCAUUUCUCUCUGAGGAUUUCAGAUCCAGCCUUGAACCUGGAGCCGCAGUGGGGUUUGAUGUGGAGUGGCCGCCUUCCUUUGUCAAGGGCAAGACAAAGAAAGUGGCCAUGCUGCAGUUGUGUGCAUCUGAGGACAAGUGCUACCUCUUCCAUCUAUCCUCCAUGUCAGGGUUUCCUCCUGGUCUGAAGGUGUUAUUACAGGAUGAGGCCAUCAAAAAGGUCGGGGUGGGCAUUCAAGGAGACAUGUGGAAACUACUAAGUGACUUUGAUAUCAAACUGAAGAACUUUGUGGAACUGUCAGAUCUGGCAAAUGAAACUCUCCGGUGCUCAGAGAAGUGGAGCCUGGAUGGACUGGUCAAGCACCUGCUGGAGAGGCGGCUCAUGAAAGACAAGGAUGUGCGCUGCGGCCAGUGGGACGACUUUGAGCUCACAGAGGACCAAAAGAGAUAUGCCGCAACCGACGCUUACGCUGGACUGAUAAUCCAUAAGAAGCUGCAAGAAAUGGUUUCUGCAGGGACCACUCUGCACUCUGCUGUGAAGGAGAAACUGCUCCAAAUAGCAAGUGAAAUGAAGGAGCUGGCUGAGCACGUUCCUGAGGGAGUCCACAACAUUAGCAGUGUUGCAGAACUAGUAGAGGACAUGACCGUAACCCUGGAGACACUGAGAUCUGUGCUGUUGGGGGAAAAUGUCGAGGCACUCACCACAGAGGCAGCAGGCCUUUCUGACCAGGGACCAUCGCAGGAAAAUGGAAAAGCAGGAGACCCUUGGGGCGAGGAGGUGAUGCUUUCUCCCUGCCAGGAAAAGGUGGCUGUCAAACUGGAGGCUGAAGACCUGAAUUGUUCUAGCAAGGAUCUCUACGACGUCCCUGAAAACAGUUAUGACCCGGUGGGACGGGUCAGGGGUCCUGAAGUUUGCAGCUCUGCCCAUGAAGACGGCGCCUGGAUGUCCCUGGAUAUCUCCGAGUAUGAGCUUCAGAUGCUCGAGAUGCAAGCCAAGCAAGAGGAACUUGAGGAACAAUCAACGCUUCAAUUCCAGGACCAGAGGACCUUGAAUGACUCCUCUGACCUCUCGUUUGUAGUUGAAAGUGAUGAAGAACUGGAGAAUGAAAUGCUGCAGUGUGUGGAGGAAGUGGAGAGGAUGAGCCAGAGUGAAACGCAUCAGACCAUCAUAGAUGACGAAGAGGACGAUGAAGAUGAGGGCAUUGAGGAAGAGGAGGAGGAAGAGUUUGAUCCUUCUCUCCCAGAACCAAACCCCGAGCAAAUUAAUUGUCUGAAAACAUAUUUCGGCCAUUUCCGCUUCAAGCCAGUACAAUGGAAAGUGAUUUACUCCGUUCUGAAGGAGAGGAGAGAUAACCUUGUUGUCAUGGCGACGGGCUACGGAAAGAGUCUGUGCUUCCAGUUCCCCCCGGUGUACUGCGGGGGCCUCAGUGUGGUUGUCUCCCCUCUCAUCUCCCUCAUGGAAGACCAGGUGCUGCAGAUGACAAUGUCAAACAUUCCAGCGUGUUUUCUUGGAUCUGCUCAGACGAAUGACAUCAUCCCUGACCUGAAGAAAGGCCUCUUUCGAGUGGCGUACAUGACUCCAGAGUUCUGUUCGGGAAGGAUCGCGCUUCUGGAGCAGCUUAACGCGAGCAUUGGUCUCACGCUCAUAGCCAUAGAUGAGGCCCACUGUAUCUCCGAGUGGGGGCAUGAUUUCCGGGGAGCGUACAGAAACCUGGGGCUGCUGAAGGCCAGACUGCCGGAGGUUCCCAUUGUGGCUCUGACGGCCACGGCCAGCCCCUCCAUCCGGGAUGACAUAGUGCAGAGUCUGAAGCUUGUCCAGCCCGUGGUCACGUGCACCACCUUCGACCGGCCCAACCUCUACCUGGGUGUGCAGCGCAAGUCCGGUGACAUGACGCAGGACCUCAAGCAGUUCCUGGUUGAAAAGAGCAAGGGCGAGUAUGAGUUUGAGGGCCCGGCCAUCGUGUACUGCCCCUCGAGGAAGGAGGCGGAGCGGGUCUCCUCAGCGCUGUGCAGGCUGGGCGUCCUGUGUGGCGUGUACCACGCUGGCCUGGCGACCAAGAGGAGGAGAGAGACUCAGUACGCCUUCAUGAGAGACGAGAUCCAGUGCAUUGCAGCCACGGUGGCCUUUGGCAUGGGGAUCAACAAGGCGGACAUCCGCAAAGUCAUCCACUACGGGGCCCCUAAGGAGAUGGAGUCAUACUACCAGGAAAUCGGGCGUGCCGGGAGGGACGGGCUGCCCAGCACGUGUCAUGUUCUGUGGACCGGCGGGGACAUGUCCUUAAACAAGUUCCUCCUAAACCAGGGGAGUAACGACCGAUUCCGAGGCUACAAGAUGAAAAUGCUGGCCAAAAUGGAGCAGUACCUCAAGUCCACCAAGUGCAGGAGGAAAUUAAUCCUUUCCCACUUUGAAGAUAAACAACUGCGCAAAGUGACAUCUGGUAUUAUCGGGACCAAGGAGUGCUGUGACAACUGCAGAUACAGCAUGGUACAGAGCCUCAGUGUGGACGAACCGGAGACCAGGCUGCAGAAUUUCGGCAGCGAGGCCUACCAGCUGAUGAGCGCCAUCUCCGCCCUGGAUGAGAGGUUUGGGUCGGUGGUGCCCGUUCUCUUCCUGCGGGGCUCUAGCUCGCGGAGAGUGCCAGAUAGGUACCGCAGGCACCGGCUGUUUGGGGCGGGGCAGAGCGUUUCGGAGGGCUGGUGGAAGGCCCUGGGCCAGAUGCUGCUCAUGGAGGACCUCCUGAAGGAGACUACAGGCCGCAACAAGUUCUCCACGCUGUGCAAGCUCACCCCCAAGGGGAGGAAGUGGCUCUGUUCAGCAGAAGACCAGUCCCAGCGCACCCUCUUCCUGCAGCCCAGCCCGGACCUGUGUGCCAGUGUCUCUGUGCCAGCAAGAAGCGACGUCCCCUCGUCUCCUGCAUCUGGUUUUCCCGUUAGCCACUCGGGGACCCCAAUUCAGAGGUCACAGCUGGAUAAAUAUGCCAGAGCAGAGACCAGUAAACUUGUCAGGUCUGCUGAUGCAUCAUCUGCAAGGCCGCAGCCUGGGUCCUCCAUGAAGCCCCCUGCAUUGAAACCUCCUCCCCCGGCCGUCUCCCCCAGAGAGCUGGAGCUGCAGGUGGAGCUUUAUGGGAAGCUUGUUGCUGGGCGACAGAAACUGGCCAGUGAGAAGGAUAUUCCGCCAGCCAUACUGGCCACAAAUAAGAUCCUACUUGACAUGGCGAAGAUUAGACCGUGCACGCAGGACAGCCUGAAGCUGGUGGACGGGGUUUCUGAAGCAAAGUCCAAAAUGCUAGAACCACUGCUCCGUAUCAUCAGUGAGUUCUGUCACAGCCACGGGCUCCAGGCCGACGCAUCCCCUAAAGCUGUAGAGCCCCGCCCGUCUGGGCCGGGGGUGACGGGGGUCACACUCGCCCCCUUGUUGGGCAGCGCCGCCAUCACCUACCGACUCUUCCAGGAGGAGGGUAAAAGCCUGAAACUGGUGUCUGACAGCCGCAGUCUGCCCCUUGCCGUGGUGGAGUCCCACCUGCUCCAGGCUUGGCGGGCCAACCUCCCACUGGACGCAGAGCGCGCCGGGCUGACCCCCACCAUCCGCACCACCAUCGCCAGCGCCAUCACAGGACAUCCCGUCAGCUCUGACCACAGCAGUAUAAAGGCGGUCCGUGCCCUGGUCCCAGAACACAUCAGCACCUUCCUGAUCCAGCUGGCUGUGAGCGAGUUCCAGAGGGAGGGGGUUCCCAGCAGCACGCCCCGGUCUCAGCACUCCCAGCCCACAGCGAGCGAGCCGGCGCCGUUCACCUGGAUCGAACCCGAGGACAAGCCCCUGAGGAGGGACGCGCGGCCGACCCUUUCCUCACAGAAGCAGACGAGUCCGGACUCAGACAGGAUUGAAAUGAUGGAGCUUUUCUCUCCCACUCCCCUGCCCAAGGGGUUUGUAGUGAAUGCCAGCACUGCCCCCUGCAGUUCAGAGGCUGUUAUUGGCACAAAAUCCACAUCCCACACUACUGCCGUAGAACUCGUCUCAAGGAACAAGGAACCGGUUACAGACGCACGUGGUCAGUGGAGCGAUUCCCCUUCACAGGAUGCUGGCAUCAAAGCCAAUGCUGCCCCCUGCUGUUCUGAGGUGAUUCCUGCUGCAAAGCCUUGUGCCAUAGAGCUGGCCUCGUGGAACAACGACGAGUUUGAUAAAGACACACAAAAUCUCUUCAGCGAUUCGCCUCCACAGAGUGUCAACCAACCGGUGAAGAGGAAAUUACCAGAAUGGGCGGAGCUACAGAGAGGCUCAGGCUCCACCUCUGCUGGCAACAAAAAAGCCAAGAAGAAAAAAGGCAUUUUCUUUUAACCCCCUGAGAAAUGAUUCUUCUGUGAAUGUUAAAAUUAAAAAAUGAAAAUUAGACACUUUUUCUCCUGGAUGUUAUGCUGCACAUGGCGGAAUGACUUAAUGCCAUAUUUUCAUUGUUUUCAUAAAGCCUUUGAUCCACUCUUGUCUUGACUCAACAAGAUUACAUUAUUGGCAUUUAGCAGACGCCCUUAUCCAGAGCGACGUACAAGUUGAUUAGACUAAGCAGGAGACAAUCCUCCCCUGGACCAAUGCAGGGUUAAGGGCCUUGCUCAAGGGCCCAACGGCUUUGCGGAUAUUAUUGUCAUAUACCUUAACCAGUACGCUACAGGCCGCCCGAUGCACAUAGUUUAACAUGCCUUGGUACUUAACAAAUAAUGCUGCUCUUUUUAAAAACAUAAUAUUAUGCAGGUUUUUUAUAUGUGUAAAUAUAACAUAAUUUUGUAA